CGCCCGCCAAGGGGGACAGGGUGCCGGGAACCCCCGGCUUUGUUUCCGGAGCUGGGGUGCAGCGCUUUCUCAACUCUGCUCUCCACCCCCACAGGAAACGCCCAGAACCACCCACCCCACAGCGCGGUCUACAAAGCCCCGAGCGUCCGAAGGCGGGAGGGGUUGGGCGAGCCCGAGAAGCAGGAGGAUCCCCCCGACCCAGGCUCACGCCCGGUUCCGCGAUCAGGCCGCCUCCAGCCCCAUGAAGACCCCCAGGCCGGGGCUGAGAGCCUGGCGCAGCCCGGACCGAAAUCUUGUGGCGGCCUCAGAGCUUUAGACAGGAUGCGGCUGGGCCGCCGGGCCCUCUGCGUGCUCGUGCUGCUGCUCGCCUGCGCCUCGCUGGGGCUCCUGUACGUGAGCACCCGGGACGCUCCGGGCCUCCGGGCACCUCUUGCGCUGUGGGCGCCCCUGCAGGGCCCCUCCAGACCAGAGCUGCCAGACCUUGCGCCCGAGCCCCGCUAUGCACACAUCCCGGUCAGGAUAAAGGAGCAAGUGGUGGGGCUGCUGUUUGGGAACUGCAGUUGUGAGGCCAGUGGAGGGAGCCUUCGUUUCCCCUUCCAAAGGCAGGUCCGGGCAACUGACCUCACCAAGGCCUUUGACCCCGAGGAGCUGAGGGCUGCCUCUGCCUCCAGGGAGCAGGAGUUCCAGGCCUUCCUUUCAAGGAGCCAGUCGGCUGCGGACCAGCUGCUCAUAGCCCCUGCCAACUCCCCUCUUCAGUACCCCCUGCAGGGUGUGGAAGUCCAGCCCCUCCGGAGCAUCUUGGUGCCAGGGCUGAGCCUGCAGGCAGCUUCUGGUCAGGACCUUUACCAGGUGAACCUGACUGCCUCCUUGGGCACCUGGGACGUGGCAGGGGAAGUGACAGGAGUGACUCUCACUGGAGAGGGGCAGCCUGAUCUGACCCUCGCCAGCCCAGGGCUGGACCAACUCAACCGGCAGCUACAACUGGUCACUUAUAGCAGCCGAAGUUACCAGGCAAACACAGCAGACACAGUCCGGUUCUCCACGGAGGGACAUGAGGCCGCCUUUACCAUCCGCAUAAGACACCCACCCAACCCUCGGCUGUACCCACCUGGGUCUCUACCCCAGGGAGGUGAGGCUGCCCAGUACAACAUCAGCGCCCUGGUCACGAUCGCCACGAAGACUUUCCUUCGUUACAAUCGGCUCCGGGCGCUCAUCGCCAGCAUCCGCCGCUUCUACCCAACGGUGACCGUGGUCAUCGCGGACGACAGCGACAAGCCAGAGAGCAUUAGUGGCCCCCACAUCGAGCACUAUCUCAUGCCUUUUGGCAAGGGCUGGUUCGCAGGCCGGAACCUGGCUGUAUCCCAAGUAACCACCAAGUACGUCCUGUGGGUGGACGACGACUUUGUCUUCACGGCGAGGACGCGGCUGGAGAGGCUUGUGGACGUGCUGGAGCGGACGCCGCUGGACCUGGUCGGGGGCGCGGUGCGCGAGAUCUCCGGCUUCGCCACUACCUACCGGCAGCUGCUGAGCGUGGAACCCGGCGCGCCAGGCCGCGGGAACUGCCUGCGGCAAAGGCGCGGCUUCCACCACGAGCUCGUCGGCUUUCCAGGCUGCGUGGUCACCGACGGCGUGGUCAACUUCUUCCUGGCGCGCACCGACAAGGUGCGCGAGGUCGGCUUCGACCCGCGGCUCAGCCGCGUGGCGCAUCUGGAAUUCUUCCUAGAUGGGCUUGGUUCCCUGCGGGUGGGCUCCUGCUCAGACGUCGUUGUGGAUCAUGCAUCUAAGUUGAAGCUGCCUUGGACGUCAAGGGAUGUGGGGGCAGAGACUUAUGCCCGGUACCGUUACCCAGGAUCACUGGACGAAAGUCAGGUGGCCAAACAUCGCCUACUCUUCUUCAAACACCGGCUGCAGUGCAUGACUGCGGAAUGAUGGUCCCUUGGGGCCUUCAAACUGUCAGGCUGGGCCUGCCUCCUUGUCCCUGCCAGGAAUUUCUAACAAACCCCAGGAAUUUCUAGCAAACCCCAGUGCCCAGUGACUACUCCACUGACUGUCCCUGAUCCCCUUCAAAAUCUGAUCCCAAAUAGGGGCUUGUCCUGGUGACACUCCUCCUUUCUGUGAGUGCCCAGGGAUGUGAUGGAGCCAUAACUCAUCCCACGGCCAGUGCCAAGUCCUCCCUGCAACCCUCUUCUCAUGGGGCAGGAAGUGGGGGGGUCACUUUCUAAGUGCCAAAAAGCCCAUGGGGACUCUAAGAACCUAAAAUGGAAAUACUCUCAUUUCCUUGGGACUGAGGGGGUGGGGAAGCCCCCAAUGUGUAUUCCCAGGGCUGUGCCCCCCAUCUCUGGAUCCAGGACUCUAUGCACUGGUUCCAGCCCCACCCCCAAGGAGAGAACCAGUGACUCCAGAGGGGGUGUGGGGGCCGGUGAACACACAAGUGAAAGCCAUUUUUAGUUGUGUCUCUGCGAUGCUGUGGGCAUGGAGAAGGGGCACCAAGGGUCGGUGUGCAGACACCCAGACCCACUUCAUGAACCCCAGAGGCUCUUGGCUUUAUUAGUUGCAUGAAGUGAGGGGAUUCUUCACACACAUAUUGUUGGGGCCCUCCACAUUCCAAAUGACCAGGUCAGACCCACACUGUGCACGUCUUUGGGCCAGGAGGCUCCUGGAAAGGAGAGGGGACAUGUCAGGAAUAGAUUAGGUGCCCUCCUCCAUCCCUCAGCACUUGGCAGCCCACUGAGGGGCACACCACCCCACUUUGAAACUCUGGCUCCUCAGUUCAUGUGGAGCUGGGCCCAGUCUCCUUGGCUUAGCCUUAAAUGGACUAAUCAUUUCAUUCCCCCACCCCACAUUCCUCCCCCAGCUUCCUUCUCUGCCCCCUUCCCCAAACCCUCUGCCCAGAUCUUCAGCCACUGACUCACAUGCCACUUGCUCUACCCCGCACCUCCUGGAUCUCACUCCUCUUGCUACUGCCCCCUCACCAGUCUCUCCAGGGCAUGAGCAGCUGCAUCCUGGACGCUCACAAACAGCUGCUCUGGGGUCACUCUGUCCAAGAGUCCUGCCUGGGUCAGUGUCCCCAGCACUGAGGCUGUGUAGAAAGGCUGGUCAGCCUCUUAGAUCUUAAGUCCACACUGUGUCUUUUUCCCUCCCCCAAGCGUCCAGCCAUUCCCCCGCCUCCAGGCCCUCCACACCUCUCACCAUUACACUGAGCCAGGAGAAGGUGGAUCCCGGCAUCUCGGCAUCGCCUGGCUAGCUGCGGAGGUGGGGCGGGGGGUUAAAUCCCAUCUCAGAGGGUAUGCAUGGGAUAAAGACUUUCUCCUCAACCUACCCCGUCCCUCACCUGUACCACCUCUCUGGCCCCAGCAGCAUCCGCAAAGGUAAUACCACUGCAGUCUAGGACCACCACUCUGACAGGCUCAGCAACUAGGAUGGGA